AUGAGUUAUACUAAUUUGACUGCAAAUGGGAUAGAAAUACAGAAAGGCUUUCUCGAUAAAUUAAACUUAGUUAACGACUUAGAUGUAAGCGAUAAUCCAAUAGUAUUGGACACCUUCAUCGAUGAUUUAUACGAACGUGUUGGGCCGUUUCUUAUCGGAAUAUCAUUAAAUGAUAACAACUUACAUGAAUUUGAUAUGGUUGACGUCUCUUUGAAGGAUUUGAAUGAAUUAGUAGAAUUAAAUAUUGCAAAAAAUAGCCUAAAAAAGAUAAAAUCUACACUAACAAUUCGAUUUAAAAAUAUGGAAAAACUUAAUAUAUCGAAUAACAAGGUUGAAGGAUUAUGUAGGCCAAAUUUGGACAUAGUUGAACUAUUUCCGAACAUAAAUUUGAUCGAUGCAAGCAGAAACAAAAUUGAAACGCUGCAGGAAAGAUGCUUUAAAGGUUUAUCAAGAUUGCAAAAACUCGAUUUACGAGGGAAUCUAUUAGCCUAUGUAUCCCGAAAAUCCUUUUAUGGUCCACCUCAGUUGGUGGAAACGUUAACGAAUCGCCCUUAUUUUUGUUGUAUAAUACCUGCUAAAAUUGUGACCUGUGAACCAUCGAUGAUAUCUGAUACUUUAUCAUCAUGUCAGCACCUUCUUGCUCAUACUUCAUUACAGUACUUCGUCUGGGUUGUUGGUUGCUUGGCGUUUUUUGGCAAUAUCAUUGUUAUUAUUCAGAACUGUUAUCUCAAUAAUACUCAAGGGAAAGUUCAUAUUCUACUAAUCAAUAAUCUAGCCAUGUCUGAUCUUGUUAUGUCAAUUUACCUAUUUAUUAUAGCAUUUGCUAAUUCAAAUUACAACAAUAAUCAGUAUGGUCAACGGUCAGAGGAGUGGUUAAGGAAUCCUUUAUGUGUAUUAUCUUGCAUCCUUGUGACUACAUCAAGCUUAGUCUCUGUCUUUUUAAUGUUAAUAAUCAGUGUCGAUAGGUUUAUCGUUAUAGCUUUGGUGUUUAAGGCAGAAAAGUUGAGCAUGCUUGCUACUCGAGUGAUUACCGGUAUAAUAUGGCUAGCUUGCUUUACAUUUGCACUUGUGCCGGCAUCAUUCAGUAUCGAUAAACCAGGUCAUAAUCGAUUAUAUACGUACAACAGCAUGUGUAUGCCAAGCAAUUAUGAAAACUAUUUGUACCGCAUUUGGAUGAUUAUCUAUAUAUUUCUCACUAUUAUUGGUUGGAUUAUCACUUGCACCCUUUACGUUGGGAUAUUUAUUUCUGUGUACAAAACUAGAAAAGCCGCUGGAAAAAUAAUUCCCAAGGAAAGUAAAAUACUUGCAAUGCGUCUAUGUGUCAUACUGAUAACUGACUUGAUUAGCUGGGUACCGUAUUAUGCUGUGAAUAAUUUUGGUUUCAUAACCAGUAGAGGUGUUGAUGUUAUUACAUUACAAUUUGUUGGUAUUUUUGCACUUCCUAUUAAUUCUGCUGUUAAUCCAUUCUUGUAUACCAUAACUGGUAGAGCUGUAUUUAAAAGAUUAUUUAUUCUUCCAGCGACUUGUUUAACCAAGUUCAUUCGCAAACCGAAAAGUCAAGCUCAGCCUACCCGCUCAAAAGUUCUCAUUCUCAGCACAAUUUAUAACACCCAUGAGGACGAUUACGAAUGA